AUGUCCCUGUCGCACACGGCUGCCGAGUACAUGCUCUCUGAUGCUCUGCUCCCGGAUCCCAGCAGCUCCCGAGCCAAGGGCUUGCGGCUGGAGCUGCCAAGCGAUCGCCUGCUCAAGUUUGUCACCGUGGGGCUGCCCCUCUUCCUCGUCUCACUGGCUUUCGCCCGGGAGUUCUCUGCUGGCUCCCAGAUCAGCUGCUUCUCUCCCACCAACUUCACGGGGAAGCAGUCCGCCUACACUGACACGGCUUGCUGGGACUCCCUCAUCCACCAUGGCUUCGACGCCGAGGGACGUGCCAUCACCAAGUCCCUCUGGGCUCUCAAGGUCUUCCCCUACUCGCUGCUGGUGGUGGCGGUGCUGAUGUACCUGCCGUACCUGCUGUGGCGUUACGCUGCCGCCCCCGCCCUGCACUGCGACCUCCUCUUCAUCAUCGACGAGCUGGAUAAAUCCUACAACCGCUCCGUGCGCCUGGUGCAGCACAUGAAGAAGGUCCAGCAGGCCAGUGCCGAGCCAGAGCAAUUCUGGGAGGAGUAUGAGAGGGCCCGUCGGGAGAGGUAUUUCGAGUUCCCAUUGCUGGAGCGGUACCUGACCUGCAAGCAGCGUUCCCAUGCCCUGGUGUUCAUCUACAUCCUGCGGAACCUGCUGCUGCUUCUGUUCCUGGCUGCCACCUGCCUCUACCUGGUCUUUCUCCACCUUAACAUCUUCUUCCAGGAUGAGUUCAGCUGCUCCAUCAAAACGGGGCUGCUCCAGGAGGAGCCACACAUCCCUCCGCUCAUCCCUUGCAAGCUGGUCUUCUUCUCCGUGUUCCAGCUCAUCAGCCUCUCAGUGGGCAGUGUCUAUGUCCUCCUCAUCCCUGUUGUCAUCUACAAUGCCCUGCAGCUCUGCCAGUGGGACAAGGGACUGCUCUCUGUCUAUGAGAUGCUGCCUGCCUUUGACCUGCUCAGUCGCAGGAUGCUCACCUGUCCCCUCAACGAUCUCAACGUCAUCCUUCUCUUCCUCCGCGCCAACAUCUCUGAGCUGACCUCCUUCAGCCGCCUCAACGCCGUCAGCGCCCUGAGGGAAGCCACUGCCAACAAGGAGGACAUCGAUACUGUCAUCGAUUUCAUGACACUGCUGGCUGGGCUGGAGACCACCAAGCCCAAACACCAAGCUUGCACCCCCGAGGCCGAAGGCAGUACAGCGCUCUCCAAAGGAGCGGCCCUAGAACCAAAGCCUGGAGUGGAAACGAUGGGAAAAGCCUCACGGGACUCGCUCGGCUCUGCCUGA